CCCCCCGGUCAACCAGGUCCCAGAGGAAAUACGGGCAAGCCCGGACCUCCAGGUCCCCCUGGUCCAGUCAAGAUCCUUGAUUUGACUGCCGGCUACUUCAAGUUUGAGCCCUCUCGAACGCGCCGUAGUGCUGAUCCCAUGGAGGAUAUCAAGGACCCUGGUAUGUCAUCGGUGUUAUUUACUGAGCACGGAACCUACAGCCAUGCAAGAAACCAUAAUUUAGGAUUUAAGGAGAUAAAGACUGUUCCCUUGCCAGAACGAGAUGCUCUUACUCGUCUGAGUUUUAAAACUCCCACUGAAGUCCAGCGUCAGAGAUAA